AACAUAUAAAAAUGGUACUUUUGGUUGUUCUUUUCAUACAGCCUCUGACACCACGACGAGCGACAACCUCCCAAUACCACUACAGACAGGGGACUAACUAUGAGGAAUUUAUGCGUAGUAAUACUAUUUAUAUUGUUGGUGAUCCCGACAAAGGCCAAUGAGUGUAAUGAUAUAAACCUCGACUUCGCAGAGCUUACAGAUGUAGUCCAAACCAGAAGAAAUGAUCGAUUUUUGUUGCGCAAUUUACCAAGAGUGCUAGAUAAGAUACGGUGUUUAGAUAUGAAGCUGAACUAUCUGGUCGAGGAGGUAGAAUCAAUGCAGCGAAAUCGAAGGUCAUCGAACCAUCCACUGCAAAGGUCAACAAGUACAAGGAAAUUUAUACACAGGAGGAACCGCUACUGAGUGAAUGUUGCAGUGUUGUCGUUGAUAUAUGUCUGUACGUAUAAACGGAACUUUAUAUACAAAGGAACCGCUAAGAUGUAAAUGCUGUGUGAAGGAACUGCUAUGAUUUAAAUCGUUUAGUGUUAGCGUUUUUACGAUUUUAUGUGUGUAUGUUUGCAGAAAUCGCUUAAAUGAAAAUGAUGCAAUAAUCUUGUUGAAGUUAUAAUCUCCGCAAUGUAGAGUAUGUGUAGUGUAUGUGUACAGAACCGCUAAAAUGGAACUGAUAUGAUGUAAAUGAUACAGUGAUCAGCGUUAAGAUGUUGUGUAACGUAAAUGAUCUAGUGUAAUCGUUGAUAUGAGUAGUGUAAGCGUUUACAUAGUGUAUGUGUGUAGGAACCGCUGUAAUAUAAAUGUGGUAGUGUUAGUGUUAGCGAAUAAUGGAGUGUCAGCAAUGUUAAAUGUAUGCGUGUUGUGUCUGGUUAUACACAAGAUGAUGGCUAUACAAUGAAUUUUAACUUUAAUGUAUGUAUGUUUGUGUAUGCUUACGUAAGCUACUUAAUUUAUUGUGAGACCGUAGAAAUCGAAUAAAUGUUUGUGAUGCUAUUGUUUAUAAAAAUUACUAUGCAAUAUUUUUUAUAAAUUCAUCAAACAGGCGAUUUUAUAUCUCUAUUUUUUACAAAUUGUUAUAUGAAAUAUUGUUUUCAAUUAAAACUAUUU